AGAAAAUAGAAAAAAGAUUGUGUUUUCAAGCAAUUUAAUUGAAUCGGGCUGUUUAAAAUCGUGCAGGUCCUGCAAUCUAUGAUAUUUGGCAUCACAAUCUUCAGCUAUGAGGUAGAACUCUUGAUAAGUUUGAUAGGCUACACUUGUGAUUGUGAGUCCAAUUUUAUAUACGUUAUUUAUAAGAUCUAGAGUAAGUGAUUGGCCGUUGAAGAAGUUUUUUUUGUAUAAGACUGCCAGCUGAUUUUCUGUUGAAAGGAAUUUUUAUUGUUUUCCUAGACGAGGUUUUAUUGAAUGACUUAGCUUACGGUAGAGGACAAACUAGAAAUCGAAGAUGCUGCCUAGGAGGGGUCUCGGUUUUUUGAGGUGUUUCUCGACGGGUAAGGUCAAUUAUGGAAAGACCAUGACUGUGAGGGACGCUCUAAAUUCGGCUAUUGACGAGGAGAUGGAGCGAGACCCGAGGGUGCUGCUCAUUGGCGAGGAGGUCGCCCUGUACGACGGUGCUUACAAGGUAUCCAGGGGUCUAUGGAAGAAGUACGGCGACGAGAGGGUGAAGGACACGCCUAUCACGGAGAUGGGCUUCGCAGGCAUCUGCGUUGGCGCUGCGAUGGCAGGACUCAAGCCAAUCUGUGAAUUCAUGUCGUUCAACUUUUCGAUGCAAGGCAUCGACCAUGUCAUCAACUCAGCUGCCAAGACUUUCUACAUGUCUGCCGGGAUGAUCAACGUACCAAUAGUGUUCAGAGGGCCCAAUGGCGCGGCAGCCGGGGUAGCGGCCCAACAUUCUCAAUGCUUCGCCGCUUGGUACUCCCAUUGCCCAGGUCUCAAAGUGGUCAUCCCGUACAGUGCAGAAGAUGCAAGAGGACUCUUGAAGACAUCGAUCCGCGACCCAGACCCAGUAAUAUUUUUAGAGAAUGAGAUAUUAUACGGCACACAGUUCCCUGUCUCUGACGAAGCUCUCUCAAAGGAUUUUCUAAUACCAUUUGGUAAAGCUAAAAUCGAAAGACAAGGCAAGGACAUUACGCUUGUGACUUUUUCGAAAGCCGUUGAUACUUGCUUGGACGCGGCCAAAGAGUUGUCUGGACAGGGCUUCGAGUGUGAAGUCAUCAAUCUGAGGAGCAUAAGGCCACUCGAUGAAGAGAUGAUUUUCAACUCAAUCAAAAAGACAAACCAUUUGAUCACUGUUGAACAAGGAUGGCCUCAAAGUGGUGUAGGUGCGGAAAUAUGCUCAAGAGUUAUGGAGAACGAGGUAUUUUUUCACUUAGAUGCACCAGUCAUCCGUGUGACAGGAGUAGACAUUCCGAUGCCUUACACUAAUAGCCUUGAGCAGUUGUCAGUACCGCAACCUCAAAAUAUCGUAGAAGCGGUUAAAAAGAUGCUGAGUAAAUAACUGUAUCAAAUGCUAUUAGAAAAUUGAUUGUUGGGUUAUAUUUAUAUGUUUACAUUUGUUAAAUUUAAAUACCUGUUAAAAAUAUACUGUUGAUUAAACGUU